CGCGUCGCGGAAAGCAUUCGUCCCCUAAUUAACCCCUCUCUGCUUUUUGAAUCCCACAUCCUUCGACUCUCGGGGUCCCGUCAACCCCCACCACCACCGCCGAGAUGGCGAAACCGUUCUCCGUUCCCCCGGUGGUCUUCCGGUCCUCCGCCGUCCAACGCCGCUCUCCCCCGCGUCCCGCUAGCCCUGGUCUCCCCUUCAUGUCCUUCGACCUCGGACCCGCCCCGUCCUCCUCAUCCUUCUCCGCCCCCGUCCCUGGGUCCUUCGAGGACGAGCCGCCCCUCCUCGAAGAACUCGGCAUCGACACUCGCCAGAUCUGGCGCAAGACGUCCUCGAUCCUGAAUCCACUCCGCGUGGACGCUCAUCUCCACGACGACGCCGAUCUCUCCGGCCCCUUCUUCUUCCUGAUGCUCUUCGGUCUCUUCCAACUCCUCGCCGGGAAAUUACACUUGGGGGUCAUCUUGGGCUGGGUCACCGUCGCCACCCUGUUUCUUUACUCGGUCUUCAACCUGCUGGCCGGAAGGUCAGGGAACUUGGAUCUGCAUCGGUGCUUGAGCCUGGUUGGGUACUGUAUGCUACCGAUGGCGAUCUUUUCGGCGGCGUCGCUUUUUGUUCCGCGUGGUGGUGUGACGAUCCUUGCGAUGGCCGCGGUGUUCGUGCUGUGGUCGACGAGGGCGUGCACGGGGCUCCUGGUGGAGUCGGCAUCGUGUGGCGAUGAGCUCCGUGGGCUGGUAGCGUACGCCUGCUGUGUUGUUUACGCCGUCUUCUCUCUGCUUGUCAUCUUUUGAUUUCCGUCUUAUUUACAGAGUACGCUGCCAUCGUUAGGAGGAGCAGCACAACUUAAAAGAAGAAAGAAUAAAUAUGAGUAGGAAAAUGAGGAGAUUCGCUGCUAAUUAAUUCUGGCGAUCGGAGGGGGGCUCGGCCUUUACGACAACGGAGAC